AUGACACAUGUAGAGGUAGAAGGUAAAUCAUUGGUUAACAUUGUACCGACGUUAACCACAACUAUCGCCGCCAUCAAUAGCGUUAAGGAUAUUUCGAAGUACGACACCAGCUCUUUGCGGACAAUUUAUGUCUGUGGUACAAUUUGCAACGAGAGUAUUUUAGAAACAUUUAAGGAGAGAGUACCAAGCGUUGAAGUAGCGACUCAAUGCUAUGGUAUGACAGAGGUGGGCUGUAUCACUAAUACGGUAUCCGCAAAGUUUGGACAUCGGCCAGGGAGCGUUGGUGCCGUGCGGAAUGUGUUUAUUGUUAAGAUCGUAGACGUGGAGACGAGAAAGCCCCUGGGGCCGCACCAGCGAGGGGAAAUUUGUUGUAAGUCACCUACACUCCUGCAAGGCUACAUCGGCGGAGAAGUCGAUUAUUUGGACGAAGAAGGCUUCUUUAAGACCGGCGACCUGGGUUACUACGACGAAGACCAAUACGUUUAUGUCGUGGACAGGAUUAAAGAUAUAAUAAAAUACAACUGCUUUACGGUGUCUCCAUCUGAGCUGGAGGCGGUGCUGCUGGAGCAUCCUUCGGUGCACGAAGCAGGUGUAGUGGGCGCUCCACACGGGGAAAUACAAGAACUGCCUACAGCCUUCGUGGUGCUGAAACCUGGUGUCCAUGUUACCGAACAAGAGCUCAUAGACUUUUUUAAUAAGAACGUGGCUCAAAAUGUGAUGCAACUGGCGGGCGGAGUGCGUUUCAUAAACGAACUGCCGCGAGGCGCUGGACUUAAACUGGACAGAAAGAAGCUCAGAUCAAUGUUGUAA